CGCCCAUCAGCUGAGCGUGCAGCCGGGGGCUGGGGCCCCUGGGUGACAGUGGUCGCAGAAGGAGCAGGAGGCCGAGAAGGUCAGGGUGACUACUUUGAAAUCUACACAGUCCACUAACAGCUGAUGAAAUUAGCAGUUCAGCCAUGUCUUACACUCCAGGAAUCGUUGGAGACCCCGCCCAGCUGGCCCAGCGCAUCUCUUCCAACAUCCAGAAGAUCACACAGUGUUCUGUGGAAAUACAAAGGAGCCUGAAUCAGCUCGGGACACCCCAAGAUUCCCCUGAAUUGAGGCAACAGCUGCAACAGAAGCAGCAGUAUACUAACCAACUUGCCAAAGAAACUGAUAAAUACAUUAAAGAAUUUGGAUCUCUGCCUACCACCCCUAGUGAACAGCGUCAAAGGAAAAUACAGAAGGAUCGCUUAGUGGCCGAAUUCACGACGUCACUGACAAACUUUCAGAAGGUCCAGAGGCAGGCUGCUGAGAGAGAGAAGGAGUUUGUUGCUCGAGUGAGAGCCAGUUCCAGAGUGUCAGGUGGCUUUCCUGAGGACAGCUCAAAAGAAAGGCAUCUUGUGUCCUGGGAAAGCCAAAUCCAGCCUCAAGCGCAGGUACAGGAUGAAGAAAUCACCGAGGAUGACCUCCACUUGAUUCAGGAGAGAGAGUCUUCCAUCAGGCGACUUGAAGCUGAUAUCAUGGAUAUCAAUGAAAUAUUUAAAGAUCUGGGAAUGAUGAUUCAUGAGCAGGGAGAUGUGAUAGAUAGUAUAGAAGCCAAUGUAGAAAAUGCAGAGGUGCACGUUCAACAAGCCAAUCAGCAGUUGUCAAGGGCAGCCGAUUAUCAGCGGAAAUCCAGAAAAACCAUGUGCAUCAUCAUUCUUGUCCUCGUCAUUGGCGCUGUGAUUGUCGGUGUCGUCAUCUGGAAGCUGAGCAGCUAGUGGCCGGGAAGCACACUAUUGCACUACAUUGUCUGAUCGCAUGGGGAGAGUCCCGUAACCAGAUUUUUAUUAUUUCAAAGCUGUUGCACAGAGGACAGCUAUUCUUUUGUUAUUUUUAUGGAGGGUGGGGGUAAUUUCCUUUGCAUUAAAUCUAGUAUUUUCUAAUAAUGAAAGUUUUUUCUAAAUAUUGCUGGUGUAAUUUCCAGGCUUUUUGUUUUUCAUAACUGCUAUUUUUUUCCCGCAAAUUGUAUGGAUUUUUCAUAUAUAAUUUAUUUAUCCUGUUUGAUUUAGUUUCUGGAAUUUGUCAAUUUAAAGCUGUGAGUGUUUUGUGUGUAUCUCUCUGUCACUGUAUAACAUGUACCCAAAUUUGUGUCACUUUAAAUUAAAAAUCUCAAUUUUAAUUUUUUAUUUGGACCAACAGAGAAGUACUCUCUCCAUACCUCUUAGAACUUACAUGUCUGUUUGUGACUUUUGGUCUGGCUCACAAACGGCACAGAGGAUCUCUUUCAUUCUUUUACUGUUGGUUUUCUUUUGAGGCCCCUGAUUACUCUGAAUGAAAUCAGUGAGAAAUGUCCUAUUAUAUCUCAUACUCCUGAUAUGUACAUAGUAAGCAUUAGCUGUAGAUUGCCUAGUAAAGAUACUAAGGAUAGACUGUUUUUAUAUAUGAUAUGCUUAAGUGUGAUAUUUGCAGAGGAAAUAGUGAUACUGUGAGUGUUUAAUGUCAUUUGGAGGAGGAGAAUGAAACUAAUACCAAUACUUACUAUGCCUCACUUCUAAGGAAUCCAGUCUUGUAGUCCACUGA